AACGCCUCCAGUGACCCUACCAGUGGUCCAUGGUAUAAAAGGCAUCCGUUUGCGUGGCUAAAUUACCGCGCUAAGCUGGCGUAGCGCUUCGUCGAUCUUCCUUGCCCCACAUGUCCGAGUCCAUCCAGGAAGAGAAGAAGUCUGAAUCCUUUACAGAAAAUGUGGUCGCAGUGUCGAAUGACAAUGAUAACUUCAAGCUGUUGUCUGCGGAUGCGAGGAAGGCAGGAGAACGGGCACUCGUGCGCAAAUUGGACAGCCGGUUGAUGACUACUGCUGUAGUCAUAUACCUCUUGAACUACAUUGAUCGUGUCGCUGUUACUGCUGCGCGGCUGCAGGGUUUAGAGCAAGAUCUCGGAUUGACAAACGUUCAGUAUGACUCCAUUCUGGCUAUUCUUUAUGCCACUUAUUGCCCGGCACAAAUACCCUCAAACAUGAUUUUGAGCUAUAUUUUACGACCAUCAUUCUAUAUCGGGGGAUGCGUUGUUGGAUGGGGCCUUACAAGUGCUUUGACUGGGGUCACAACUAGUUUUUCGGGUAUCAUGGCUUGUCGUGUAUUCAUUGGUCUUCCUGAGGCUGCGUUCUAUCCUGGUCUCAUGUACCUGCUUUCGCGUUGGUAUACCAGGAAGGAGCUCGCCGUGCGGUCCGCCUGGUUCUAUUGUGGUCUUUUAAUCUCCAAUGCAUUCGGAAGCUUAAUUGCAGCUGGAAUUCUCGCAAAAAUGCAAGGCGUACUGGGACUUGCGGCCUGGAGAUGGUUGUUCUACAUAGAGGGCGCUAUCACCAUGACCUUUGGCUUCUUGACCAUGUGGCUUCUCCCAGAUUAUCCCCACAACACUCGAUGGCUUAACGCAGCGGAAUGCCGCCUGGCUCAAGUUCGCCUUGCAGAAGAUGCAGGGGAGGCCGACAGGGAUUCCGACGACCUCACCGUUUACGAUGGCUUGGUGCUGGCUAUCAAGGACCCAAAGACCAUCGUUUUCAUGUUCAUGUCCUGCUCACAACUUCUAGGUCUGAGUUACAUCAACUUUUUCCCCACCUUGACUCAAACGCUUGGUUUCGGCACUACUGUUACAUUUUUGAUGGCGGCUCCUCCAUGGAUAUUCGCGUCAAUCUGCUGCGUACUCGGCGCAUGGCAUGCAGACAGGUCUGGAGAGCGAUUCUUCCAUAUCACUGGCUGGAUGUGGGUGGUCAUUGUUGGAUAUAUAAUCUCUCUAUCCACCAUGGCUACGGGCGGGCGAUACUUUUCCCUGUUCCUCAUGACCACAGGAUAUUGUGGAUUUGCCUUGACGUUGGCCUGGGUUUCAAACGCAAUUCCUCGUCCACCAGCAAAACGCGCCGUAGCCAUGGGUCUUGUCAAUGGAUUUGGAAACCUCGGCAAUUUGAUGGGCUCGUAUGUUUGGAAUCCUUCGUGGGGUCCUGAAUACCAUCAAUCCAUGAUCAUAGCGUUGUGCAGUCUCGUUUUGUCCAUAUCCCUGAGCCUCCUAAUGCGGUGGAUGUUAAUCAAAGAGAAUAAGAACAUGGAUAUGGAGGAGAAAAAGUUAAUGGAGGGCCCUGGCCGCAAACGCAUUGAAGAGGCUGCUAGAUUGGAAGGGAUUACAUUCGAGGAGGCUAUGAAAAGAAGGAAGAGCUUCAGAUAUCUGUAUUGAUAUCUUUCACUUCGGACUACAGUUCUUUGGGGUCAUUGACCCUAUGUUGGACAUUAACUUGUCGUAAGCCUACCAAGUCAAGUUUAAUUUUUGUUGACUGGGUGGACGAGACAAAUUUGUACUGUAUCGAUCUUUUAUGAGAGAUGCUCGAGUCAUGUACAAUAAAUCUUCUGUGAUGGUAGAAGUU